AUGGCUUCCUCCUCGAAGUCCCCGAGCUUCCUGCUCUACUCGUGCAUUGCCCAUCGCACCACUAUUUUGGCUGAAUUUUCCUCUCCAGGUACCUCUUCGACUGCGGCCUCCUCCCUCGCCUCCAUCAUUCUCCCAAAGAUCUCCCACGACAAGUCCCAGAAGUUGACAUACACCCAUGAACGGCUGUUCGUCCAUUAUAUCGCCGACUCGCCCUCUGGCGGCGCGACCGAUGACCAAAACGGCCAUUCCGAACCCCACUCCUAUGCUCCCUUGAGUUUCAUCGUGGUCGCGUCAGCGGAGCAGGGCCGUCGCAUUCCUUUCGCAUAUCUCCUCGAGAUGAAGCGGAAGUUCUUGACGACCUACCCUUCCUCGAGCACGGAUUACUCCUCGCUCCCUGCCUAUGGGUGCGCAGCCUUCAAUUCCGAGCUUCGUACCCUUUUGCAUAAAUACAAUACCUCUCCGCCGGCAGACUCGCUCGCUUCAGCCCGCCGCGAGAUCGAUAGCGUCCGCGAUAUCAUGACAGAGAAUAUUGAGCGGGUGCUCGAGCGUGGAGAGCGGAUUGAUCUGCUGGUUGAUAAGACGGACCGGCUCGGAGGGAGUGCGCAUGACUUCCGUAUCCGCAGUCGUGGUCUGCGGCGGCGGAUGUGGUGGAAGAACAUUAAGCUGAUGGUUCUGCUGGGCUUCGUGGUGAUUUUCCUGCUAUACCUGUUCGUCGGUAUUGGUUGCGGGCUCCCGGCAUGGUCCAAGUGCGUUGGCCACAAGAGCUCUGAGUGA